AUGUGUGCAGCAGCCUUACCUACUGCUAUGAGGCUUUUGUUAACCACUUCUACUGUUAUAGAUUUUCCCUCCAAAUCCCUAAGAACAACAACAAUCCCUAAUUCCAACCAAUCAUGUCUUACAAGAAGAAACAGUCUCUCUUUCUCCAAACCAAAGUGGCUUUGUGGAAAUAAGAGGAAAGAUCAGGACAUGGAUAGUUGGAAAAUUGAAGAUGAGAACGUCGAGUGCAUGUUUGGUUCAAAUGAAGAUACUGGCAGCCAAAUUCCAACACAAGCCCAAACUAUUGUGGAAGGAUCGGGGACAGUUGUGGUGUCAGAAUUUAAACCUGUUCCUGAUGUAGACUAUCUGCAGGAGUUGCUGGCCAUCCAACAACAAGGACCUAGAACCAUUGGUUUUUUUGGAACCCGGAACAUGGGCUUCAUGCAUCAAGAACUUAUUGAGAUUCUUAGUUAUGCUUUGGUUAUAACAAAAAACCAUAUUUAUACAUCAGGUGCAUCUGGGACUAAUGCAGCCGUUAUCAGAGGUGCUUUAAGAGCAGAAAAACCUGAACUACUUACUGUAAUCUUGCCUCAAAGUUUGAAAAAACAACCGCCUGAGAGCCAGGAACUAUUGGCAAAAGUGCAGAAUGUGAUAGAGAAGCCUCACAAUGAUCAUCUACCACUGAUUGAAGCCAGCAGGCUGUGUAAUAUGGACAUUAUUUCCCAUGUACAACAAGUUAUAUGCUUUGCCUUCCAUGAUAGCAGGUUGCUCAUGGAAACAUGUCAAGAGGCCAAAAAUCUCCGGAAAAUUGUUACUCUCUUUUACCUGGACUGA